AUGGAUUUCCUCAACUAUAUUCCACAAACAGUACCAAGAGAAACAUUACUUGUUAGUUUUGAUGUUACCAGCUUGUACACUAAUAUUACGCAUGAGUUAGGAAUUGAAGCGAUCAAAUAUUGGUUGGAUAAGUAUCCGGAAGAAAUCGACGAUAGAUUCCCCGCAAACUUCAUUUUAGAAGGACUUAGAAUUGUACUAGAGAAUAAUAAUUUUCAGUUUGAUGAUGAAAAUUAUCUACAAAUCAAAGGUACUGCCAUGGGCACCAAAGUCGCCCCUACAUAUGCCUGUUUAGUAAUGGGAUUUUUAGAAGAAAAACUUUACAACAUUUUGCCGGAAACAUUUGAUCUAGAAUUUACGCAGUACAUUAAAGAGAACUGGAAAAGGUACUUGGAUGAUUGCUUCAUCUUUUGGACAAAGAGUGAAGAGGAUCUUACAAAAUUCCAUUCGGUCAUAAAUGAGUUACACGAUUCAAUUAAUUUCACAAGUGACAUGAAUCGUAACUCGCUUCCUUUCCUUGAUAUACUUUUAAUAAAAAACGGAGAGGAUAUUUCUACAGACCUAUUCUGUAAAGAAACAGAUACCCAUCAAUAUUUGGACUUUCGCUCUUGCCAUCCGUCACAUACAAAAAGGAACAUUCCAUACAAUAUGGCGAGACGUAUUUGUACAAUCGUGACCGAUUCUUCUCUACGCUUGAAAAGACUUCAAGAACUAAAACAACACCUGACGCGACAAAAUUACCCAAUGAACCUUAUUGAGGACGGAAUCAACCGGGCAAAAGACAUACCUAUAACCCAAUUACGAAAUAUUCGCCAUCCAGAGGAAAACGACGAAGAGAAUAUUCCAUUUGUGAUAACUCACAACCCCCGUAACCACAAUAUUCUCAAUUCAGCAAAGCGAUUUUUUCCAAUAUUAGAACAAUCUGAAAACAUGAAAAAUCUUCUGGACAAAUCAUCAAUUAUUAACAGCAGGAGACAAGCACCAAACCUGAAGAGGAUAUUAACCAAAGCAAAAUUUUCCUCUAGCAACCAGAGUGUCGUCAGAAAGUGUAGUGACCCCCGAUGUGGAACGUGUGAUUUCAUACAGGAAGGCGAACAAAUUACACUUAAAAACGGGAAAGUUUUAAAACCUAAUACUAGCAUGAAUUGUAAAUCUUCAAAUUUGAUUUAUUGUGCAAUAUGCCCAACCUGUGGCGAAUAUUAUAUAGGGCAGACAAAUCAGCUUAACGCACGAGUAAGGGUACACAAGCAACAUAUACGGGACGAAACUGUCAGAUGCACCCCUUGUUCAGAACAUUUCGCCGAAUGUGGUAAAGGGAAAUUUAAGAUUUUCCCGUUCUACAAAAUGUGGACAUCGGAUGAAAUCGCCCGUGUUACUAAAGAGGACUAUUUUAUAAGACUUUUUAAACCAAAACUGAAUUGCAAAUGA